AUGGGCUUUAAGACCUUGUUGAACUUGGCGACACUGGGCCUCGUGGCCGCGGAGACAUCCGUUGUCUCUUUGUUCAUUUUUCAUGCCAAUCCUCAGUCGUUGGUGGGCUCCGCUGUCGCAACAAAUGCCGGCACGACGACGUACAGCAUCAACUGUGGCCCAGACGUGGAAUCCCAAGAAUGCCCAUUGCUCCCUGGCUUGCUCUAUACGGCUGGUCCAAAGACGGUUGAAUGGUCUCUCAAGUACCCUUACGACUCGUACGGUCGCGUUGUCUGCUCCAUGGGGGGCACUACGACUGCCGUCUGUACCGAUGUGAUGCCCAGUACCGGGUCGCUCUCACAGCCCAGCGAGACGACGACCCUGGCCGGUGACCAAAUUUACUUGAACCCCGUCACGAUCACUGCUGGACCUUCUGCAUCAGCUACCGAUGCCUCGACGGCUAUGAAGACGACAUCGAACUCGGGAUCCACAGGAAACACCGCGUCCGCCCCGCAACAAUCAGGUUCAUCGGCAUCAUCUUCAGGUGAUGCUACAAAAACUAGCACCGGCGGCCUUCCUCAGGUGACUGCGAAUUCAAAGGUCGUGUUGGGUGGGGCAGCUGUAGCAUUGAUGGCUGCUGCCCUGUAG